AUGAAAAAGGAUGAGUCCAUCUAUGAAAUGCGCACUCGUUUCACCUCCAUAAUAAAUGAGCUUCAUUCACUUGGGGAAAUUAUUCCCACCAACAAGCUAGUCAGGAAAAUACUUGUCGUCCUACCAAGUUCUUGGGAAAGCAAAGUCAAUGCUAUCACAGAGGCCAAGGACUUACAAACACUAACUAUUGACGCGCUUAUUGGUUACCUGAAAACCUAUGAGAUGAAAAGAAAAAAUGAUCUUGAAAGAAGAGAGUCAAAGAAGGAGAAAAACCUGGUUCUCAAAGCUGCUAAAAAUGACACAUGCUGUGAUGAAUCCAAGAUGGCGUACCUCACUCGAAGAUUUCAUAAGAAGAUUCGAAGAAAUGGUGGGAUCCCAAAGAGAGGAAGCUCCAGCAGGAACUUCAAAGGAAAUGACUGUUGUCACAAAUGCGGAAAGUCUGGAAACUUCAUUAAAGAGUGUCCUCUUCAUAGUAGGAUUACUACAAGAAUUCUGAUAAGUCUUAUUAAUGAGAAAAAUGUUCUAAAUGAAGAAUUUGAUGGUUUAGAACAAAUAAGGGAUGAUUUGGUAGUCACUGUUGUAGAUCUGAAUGAGCAAGUUGAGGAAGCUGGAGUGAGAGGAGGCAGUAAAAAAUGGUACAUGGAUAGUGGUUGCUCGAAGCAUAUGACUAAAAGAAUGAAGUUUGUCCUCUCACUCAAGGCCUUCCAACACGGGAGUGUGUAUGCUAGCAAAAAUGCCAAGACACUCUGCCACACGAUUGAAAAAUUCUACUAUGUAAAUGGCUUGACGUAUAGUAUGUUAUAUGGGUCCCAAAUAUGUGAUAAGGGAAAUGAAGUUGUAGAUUUUGGUUCAUUGGAUGGUGGCAACUUGAAAUGCAGCAGUGAUGUACAUGAUGAUGCUGAGUUGUGGCACAAGUGA